UCUGUCAUAUAUGUCAAGGUCAAGAUCAUCGGAGCUGGGUGACUGCGAACGUCGCGUGUCAUGUUCGCAGACACGUGACCUCUCCUUGCCAUUAUUGUUGCCAUUAUCGUCAAAAAAAAAAAGAAUUUACGAGCUACUACGAGUAUCCAUCCGGACGAGACAGCAUAAUUGUAAUCGAACUUCACGAACACGUUGUGUUUCAACGAAAGGAAAGGAGGGAAUAGAAGCCCAAUCCCGGGUCCAAACCGGGACGGAAAUCUCAAUUCCAAGUUCGACUCAAUUGUCGUAUCUGUUGCGCGAGUCUCGCUAUGAGAGUCGAUUAGUGAGCGAGUCGAAUCUCGAUGUCGAUAUACAUUCUGUAACAUUCAUAUUAGUCUAUAUCUAAAAGUAUUCGUGGGAGUGCGUUACUGUUACUGUCGGUGCAGAAGUGCUAGCUCGAAUUGUGACGUAAUUCGCGUGUAGUUGUGUAAUUCAACGCUAUCGUCGAAAUGAAAAGGUUUCAUCGCUCGACACGCGAUUACUGCGUACGUGAUAACAAGACCUGCGGUUAACUGGACGCCGAGCACUUUCCAAGGUAAUAAGCGCGUAAUAAAUAUCAUGGUGGAAGCUAUACUUAAACAUGAAAGGUGUCUCGACCUUGCUCUUUUUGAGCACAUUACAUAUUGACCUCAUUGAUGUUCAAAAGAGAAAGCAAUUAAAAAUAAUGUUGCGUUUGAGACGUGUUCUGUUAACUUAUACAGAUUGAUAGAGAUUGAUAUUAAAUGAAUAGAGUUAAUAAAGAGCUCGAGUCAAACCGUUGCUACUUCAAACAUUUUCGAAGCAAAAAUCAAAGAGCUUAAGAGGAUUGGAAGGUCAGAUUGCCUGAAAAUCGUGCUUGUCCUUCCACAAUUUUUUAUGACAAACUGAAUGAAUAUACGAAAAUGUUAUUUUGACGUGUUUUUAUACACGUAUAAAGAGAAGAAAAAUAUAAUUUUGAUG